UUAAGCGCUGUAACUGCGCAUGCCCGACAAAAUUACACAACAAACAUGGCGGCGCACUUGUCAGCGUUGAGAAUGGCUUGCAAAGGUGCACUCCUUGGUCGAUGGGUGGGCAAUAUGAGGUACCUUUCACCAGAAUUGUACAGAUGUACGAGGGUACAGACGGCCUCCAUGUUUAGUUCCGGGACGGAACAGCAGCAGAGGAGCCAGAAGGAUAAUAGAGCUGAGGAGGAGGAGGACAGUGAAGGUCCUGAGUACAUGCCCCUUAAAAAGGCUAAGAAUCCCAUGAUGAAGAUCGGCUAUGCAUGGAUGAUAGGCCUCCCCGGUGGAAUAAUCCUCUUCUUGCUGACAAAAAGGCAAGUGGACAAGAACCGUUUAAAGCAGCUGAAAAUUCGACAGAAGAUGCAAAAAUCGAACGAGGGCAACUACGAAGGGAGCCGUUACCGGCGCGCUGUGGAGAAUGCCAAACUUGACCAGUAACCCCUUUGCUUGUUAAAAGACUGAUUCCCAAGAUAGAAAAUGGACAUUAAAGUAGCCUUUUACGCAGGGAUCAGGACAAAUAUUCUCAUGUUUAAAUGAGAUGUAUUGAAUAUUUAAUGUGUCAUAUCAAUGUAAUGGAGGCUAUAUGACUUGAAUUCACAAAAAUCCUCCAACAUAUGAUAAGGCUUACAAAUAAAAUUGUUUGUAUUAUACAUGAAAAGUCAAAAAGAACAAACUCGCACAUCCACAGCAAGUUAAUGCAUCACUUAAAUCAACAAUACACAUAACCUAAAACUGUUAUUUCCAUAUGCCCGCAUGGUCCAUCUUAUAUGGAUGAUUUUAAUGGAUGCAUGGAUAUUAUAGAGGCGGCUGGUGACUGCUUUGAGGUGGGACGGAUUUCUCAGUGAGAACACAAACUGCACAUUAAUAUGUGCUUUCACUUUUAAGUCCCAAGAACCAGAUUUGGCCACCGAAGACCAGGUCUAUUUGGCACUAGUUGCUUUUGAGAAAAUGUUGCCAGGUUCAGAGACAAAGUCACCAAUUGACAUGUUUCUCCAAUUGACAUGUUCUCAUGAGUGAAACAAACAGCUAGCUCAAUGAAAACUAGCCCAAAACAACAGGAAACGUGGGAAAUUUCCAAACAAUUUGACAAAGAAUCAAGCCCAAAAGAACAGGAAAGAGGCGUAUAAGACAUCUGGCAACGCUGACGCCACUAUUUCAGAGGCACUGAAUGAAAGUGAUUUGGUGAAUGGGUGUCUUUUUUUUUGUUUUUUUUAACUGUUCACACUUCAACAAAAAUAAUUAGCCUUACUCAACACGGGUACAGCCUAAAUUUAGGGUGACCAAGCGUUGUUCCUGUCCGUUUUGUCACAUGUCCAUGGUUACCGCCGUCAAGCACAGUUUUUCUGCCUGUCUUCAAAAUAUUUUGAAAAAAAAAAAAUCAGGAAUUGUCAGAAAUAGUAUAUGGAAGAACUGAUCAAAUUUUUGGGGUUAUCCAAAAUCCUAAAUUUUCCCCCCCAAAAAUUAAAAUAGCUACUACUGCGUCCUAAUUUCUCAACCGAUUCAGAUUGUUCCAAAGUUAAAAUUCAAAACUCAUUCAGGACAUUUAGCCUGUCCUGUACAUGCGCUAUCAUGCAAGGUGUUAGCAUUACUAGCUUUUUUUAAAGCUAUUUUCACGGGUAGACACAUAUAUAAACACUUAGCACUGUCAUUCUAGGUGUUAGCAUUGCACAGUUUUUCUGUUUGGGUUAAAAAAAAAAUCAGGAAUUGUCAGAAAUAGUGUAUGGAAGAACUGAUCAAAUUUUUGGGGUUAUCCAAAAUCCUGAAUUUCCCCCCCCAAAAAUUAAAAUAGCUACUACUGCGUCCUCAUUUCUCAACCGAUUCAGACUGUUCCAAAGUUAAAAUUCAAAACUCCUUUAGGACAUUUAGCCUUUACUGUACAUUGCGCUAUCGUGCAAGGUGUUAGCAUUACUAGCUUUUUUUUUUAGACACAUAUAUAAACACUUAGCACUGUCAUUCUAACAUUACCAUAGUAGCAUAUGAGCCAUUUUUAUAGGUACAUCUAUAUAAAUACUUACCAUUAUAUACACACAACCACUAUUCAGCUAGGUGUUGAAUUUACAAAAAAUCCUUCAACAUACACAUAAAGCUUACAAAUAAAAAUAUUUAUUAUAUGAAACCUCAAACAGAACAUAUUUACAAAUCAUCACCCCCCCACAUACACUGCCGAUGUGUUGUUUUAAGUCAAGGUCAAUGUGGGGGGAGCUCACACCCUUGACAUCCUUUAUCAAGACUGUAUUAUGCCUAGAAGUGCCGGAUUGUGGCCAAAGUACAUCUAUGCAACAUAUACUACAGCAGAAAAUAAUGCACGUAACCCUAAACCGCUCUAAACUAGUACGUAAAAGUUGUAGCCUAGCAAAAAUAUUUAACAAAGGCACUUCAAAGUUAAGCACUACAAUCUACAUGCAGAUAUGAAUAUUUGACGUCAGGCCAGCAGGGUGGUAAUUGUGGGUUUAUAAUUGUAAAAUAUAUAAGAAAGUGCAUAGAAAUGUCUUAUGCAAUAACACAAUCUUAAAUUCAGCCCUUAAGUAAUAUUCAUGAUGUGUAGAAUUAUUUCUAAUACAUUCUAGUUAUGACUGGAGAUAAAGCAAAAUGGUUUUACAGCAUGGAAUGGUUCUUGGAUGUUGACGAUGCCGCUUGAGAUUUAUUUGCUAGAACCGAUAAUCUGCAGCAGGAAAAGGAAGAUCUGGACAAUGUCGACAUAUAUGGAAAGCGCGGCGAACACGUAUUCCUCUGGACUGAUGGAAUACUUCCUGUUUCCGAUCAGGAGCUGCGUGUGGUACGCCAAGAACUGCAAAAACGUGAAAGAAAACUCAUGUAACUUUAUUUUAUAAGCCAUCAAAUACUUAAAAGGUUAUCACAUUGUUUGUCUGGUAUCAGGCCAGGUAUCAUGCCCCCCUCCCCCAAGUGCCAGUAUCAGCCCGAGACCGAAGGUCUGAUACCAGACAAACCAUGUGAUGAUUUUAUUAUCACAUACUAUUUAAUCAUGAGCUUAUUAUCAUGUACUAUUUAAUCAAAAGACCAUUUUGUUUCCAGAAAAUGUUCAGUUUAUUACAUGUAUUAUAUCUAAACAGUGUAAACACAAUAUUUCAACAAUAAUAUUUUAUCAACAGUCUUAUCUUAUCAAUGUCUGACAAUUAAAGUUACAUUAAUCAAGUUUGGGUUUUUUGGUGACUGGAGAAGCACAAGGCACUAAGCACUGCUGUUCUCUGAUUGGUUGUUUCACGGGCACGAUAGUGGACAGCUACGGGGGCUGAUAUUGGACAUGGUUAAACUCUAUAUUUUAUCAGUAUCACUGCCCUGGUCUUUGACACAGUAUCAUUUCGGCCUUUUCCCGUAUCAUUCAUGGGCGGUUUCUAGGGUACAGGGACAAUUAAUACUGUAGUAUGUGAUACAGUAAACCUCGGAUAUAUCUGAUUCAAUUGUUCCCACUGGUUUUGUCCGAUAUAAGCGAAAUCCGUUAUAUGCGUAUACCGGAAAAUGUCCGUUUUACGCAUAUAUCGGAUUUAUAUCCGGUAUAUGCGUAAAUCGGAUUUUAUCCGUUAUAAAAAGGCACUUCCUUGACUAUGUUUCCAAUGUACCUGGACGCGCAGGCAACGCU